AUGGCUGCGAUGACCCCGUCCGAGCCGCGUCGCUCGGCUUUCUUCACGCUCGAGGACGCCAAGAUCAGCUUCAGUAUCAUCUGCUGCAUCUGUGGCAUCGGCACGCUCGCUAUGCCCUCCAAUUUUGCCCGUGCCGGACCCAACGACGGAUGGGAGGAGCUGCGCGACAAGCUGUCGACGAACGGCCCCGUGACCAGCGUCAACGAGCACGCCGCGAGAGACCUGGAGAGCAACGCCGACUCGGAUAUCGAUACGCUGUCGAACUCGGCGAAGCGCGAGCAGGAAGAGAAGGAGCACGACGAGGCCCAGCUCUCGGACUACAGCGGCUCGGCCAACGUGUUCCGCUACGUCACGCUGCGUCUCGUCAUCAUGGCGAUCCUAGUGGGGGCCGCCAUCGGCUUCCGUUCGCACUUCCUGGACCUCGUGGAUUUCACGGGCGCGUCUGCCAUCACCGUGUGCUGCCUGGUGCUGCCGCUUGUGUUCUACCUCAAGGUUUUCUGGCGCGAUCUGCCCAUGUACGAGCGCGUGGUGGCGGUCGUGGUGAUCGUCGUGUGCACCGUCGUGGGCUGCUACGUCAUGAUCGACGCCGGCAAGAACCUGUUCAACCCGGACUCGGACGGCGUCACGUUCCCGUACUGCCCGGCGGAACACCAGUCCGAGCCGUACUACGUGCGUAACUCAACGGCGUGAAUGGCCGGCGAUCGUCGACUUAAGACGGGAGAUCGUCGCAUUAAGUCAGGCGAUCGGAGAAUUAGGAGAGCAUUAGGCCAGAGCCAUGAUAGGUGUCUAUAAGCCUACUGGAGUUAAUCCAAUCCAUUUUGCAGGCC